ACUUGGUUUUUCUUCACUGCUAGUUCAGUUCUACCGAAGGAAAGGGGCACGCGUUUCUUUCUUUACUGUUUGCUGUUGUGUAGGCCGGUUGGUUCGAUUACUUUCACUACAUUUCUACCAUAGGAAGAUAUUUGUGUUAAUUACGCGGUAAGGAUGCAGGGCAACAGGGGUUCCCGUCCUGACCAGCAGAAUCACGGACCGCCGAGACACCAGCAUUGGCACGAGCACCAGAAACAGGGAGCGAACGCCAACAGCAAUGGACAGCAUGCGGAGAGCAGCGAGCAGCACAGUACAAACUCUGCCUUGACGAUUGAUAUCCAGAACUUCAGGAAGCCCGGCGAGAAGAAGGUGUAUACCCAGCGUAGCAGACUGUUUGUUGGAAAUCUGCCUGUCGGUGUGACCGAAGAGGAUGUGGAGAAGCUGUUUUCGAAGUAUGGGAAACCAUCUGAGAUCUUCAUAAACAAAGAACGGAGCUUUGGCUUUAUAAGACUGGAAACCCGGACGUUGGCUGAGAUCGCUAAAGCAGAGCUCGACGACACUCCAUUCAGGGGAAGGCAGCUGCGAGUUCGGUUUGCCACCCACGGUGCCGCGCUCACGGUCAGAAACCUGCCUCAGUUCAUUUCGAACGAGCUCCUGGAGGAGGCUUUCUCCAUCUUCGGCCAGGUAGAGAGGGCCGUUGUCAUAGUCGAUGACCGGGGGAGGCCUACUGGAAAAGGGAUUGUGGAAUUUACAGCCAAGCCGGCUGCAAGGAAGGCUCUGGACAGAUGUGCAGAUGGAGCAUUUCUGCUGACAGCGUUUCCAAGACCUGUGACAGUGGAACCAAUGGAGCAGUGUGAUGAUGACGAAGGUCUGCCAGAAAAAACGAUAAAUAAAAAUCAGAAUUUUCACAAGGAGCGAGAGCAGCCACCAAGAUUUGCCCAGCCUGGGACAUUUGAAUACGAGUAUGCAAUGCGGUGGAAGGCUCUGAUUGACAUGGAGAAGCAGCAGAACGAUCAGGUGGAAAGGAACAUCAAAGAUGCCAGGGAAAAGCUGGAGGCCGAGAUGGAAGCUGCUCGACACGAACAUCAGGUCAUGCUGAUGAGACAAGACCUAAUGAGACGCCAGGAAGAGUUGAGGAGAAUGGAGGAGCUCCAUAACCAAGAGCUCCAGAAGCGCAAGCAGAUGGAACUGCGACAGGAGGAGGAGCGGCGCCGGAGGGAGGAGGAGAUGAGGAUGCAGCAGGAGGAGAUGAUGAGGAGACAGCAGGAAGGCUUUAAGGGGAAUUUUCCUGAAAAUAGAGAACAAGAGAUGAGAAUGCAUAUGGGAGGGCAGGCCAUGAGCAUGAACAGAAAUUUAAUGGGUGGGGGUGUUGUGCCACCUGGAGCUGGGAGCAUUCCUCCAGAAGGAGCGCCUCUAAUGCACAAUGAGCGCUUCCCAAUGGAUGCAGCUGGGAACAGUGCCAUGCCUGGCACUCCAGGCAUUUUUCCUCGAGGAGCUCCGGGUGCAGCUGAUUAUGGUCCAAACAAACGUCGGAAAUAUUGAGGACUGGACAGAAUUGCUGUGACAACUUUUUGUAUUUAGUUUUUUUAUAGAUUUUUUUUUUUAAGUGUGGGUGUAUCAUACCUGCGGUGGGUGCAUCACUUUGCAUUUAUUAAGUUUUCUACAGUCUUCUGGGAGUUUUCCUUUUUUAAUUUUUUAUAUACUGGAAUAUGUUGUCUGGUGUACGGGUUUGCUGCAAAAUAUCGGUAAACCUCAAAUUUGUAAUACAACAGGUAUGGACUACAAAUUCAUUAAUUUUUCACUUGGUUUAUUUUUUAUUUUAAUAAAACAUGCUAUGGAGUAGAUCAGGGUUUGUAGGUUGUUCAGAUCUCUAAGGCUGCAUAUCAGGAGUUGAGACCUAAAUUUGUCCAGUCAAUCCAGUAGUGAGUUGCAUUAGCCCAGGAACUAAGGUUUGAUACAGACUUUCCAGCACCAGAGCAAACCCACCCUUAUGUAGAUUGAUAUACAUGUAUUUUCCUGUCGGUUUACUGUAAAAUUUGUUGUCCAUUGCAUUUUUUAAAUGAAUUAAAACACCUUCCCAAUGUC